AUGUCAUCGACCUCUCAGCACAAUUCACUACUCCUAUUUUGCCUAUUGACAACAUUGUUAUUAGUAAGGACAAAUGCAGUACCACUUCCUCUACCAGGAGCGUCUCCUGAUCCUUUACCACAGCCUUCAGCAGCCCCACAACCAGUACUCGAGCGUCUUUCGAAUAUCGUUGGGUUGACCAAUGGGUUAUUCGAAUUCAGAAGUAACGUCAAAAGUAGCAACACCAACACUGAUUCUAUAUCUGCCGCCAGUAUCUCUGCCGCCUCUAUCAUAUCAGAAGCCAGUGCUUCCGCAGAAAGCUUGAUAAAAUCGGCGUCAAUGGUAUCUAAAAAAGAACAAACUAUCAUUUCUGUGCAGGGAUCCAAAACUUUGACAUUACUUGAACAAGUAAACGCUGGUGGUUCAGUGGUAGAAGAACCAGGGUCUUUACAGCCUGGGGUUUUGGUAUUGAGUCUCACCAAAUCUCUCGUUAUCAAAAAUGGUGUUACGUAUCUCGAUACUCCAAUACUAAUGACCUCAGAAGGGGAAAGAUUAUUAAUAGAUUACAUCACCACUAUUAUUGCGGUGGAGCAAUAG